AUGGCCCGGUCGUUCAUGCUGUGCUUGGCGGCGGCGUGCUGCUGCUGCCUUGCGCUGCUUCCGCCGCCGGUGCAGGGCCGCCGUCCUGGCCUGCAGGCAGCCGGUGGACUAGGCGGCCGCAGGCUUCAUCUGCUGCCUGUGCCUGUUCCAGAGCCACACUUUGAUGCCAUGGAGCGUUUCGCUACAUAUAGCUUUGCUGAUGCGUGUUGUUGUGCCACUGACUAUCGGCCGGCGAAGGAGCAGCAGCGCGCCGUGCCGGUGAAGGCGAGGCCGGCAUGGUCACCGGCGGCGUGGAGCGUGAGGCCGGAGCUGCGGGCCGUGCCCGGGGGCCCGGACCCGCUGCACCACCACGGCGGCAGCCCCAGCAGGCGGCCGGAGCAGGACCGCGCCCCGUCCCCGUGA